AUCUGAAAAUAGCUCAAACCACACUAAUACUCCAGCAAGAGCCCUACUUUCCAUCUUGCCUUUUGCCUCCUGAAAGUGGAAUCAGACUUGGAUUAAACCUCGAGAGGAACCCCAAAGCAUGUAAAGGAAAAAGGGGGAAUGUUCGGGUUUUAGGAACAAAUGCUGCUUUCUUCAAAUACGUGGGGCUUGAGAGACACUUCAUGGCUGCUCACUGCAAGACAAACCACAUUUUUGCUUCCAGCUGGGAGGGAGCAAAAACUUGGACCGUCCUUGGGGUCCCAAAGGACCAGGUUGACCAAACACUGGAUUGGACCCUCUUCACCUUGCCAAGAUGUGUGGAAGCCCCACAGCUUUAGUGACGGGCGACCGAACGGGGAGAGAAACAGCUGCUCACUUCCUGUUGGAGGCCCCCAAAGCGUCAGUCCCCGCCUUCCAGACCGGAGGUCUCCAGCCCUGGGCCAAAUGACUGUGAAUGGAACCAAAGGUGAUGCUAACACACGACCAGGUCAUUUGCAGAGGUCCUUCUCCCCUGUUGGUCGCAUCCCCUCUCCACCUGUUUUCAGCCAGCAGAUGACUGCCCUUCAGAAAACCAGACCAACAGCUGUAGAAACCCAGAAGUCCAACUCUCCAGACAAUGGAAAAGGGAGAGCCACCAGUACGGGUACCAUGGAUGAAGAUGAAGUUCCCACCACGGCCAGAAUGGAGAGACCAUCGCAACCACCUCCAUUAACUGCUACUACUGCAGACAAACCGAAGCACUGGUAUAAAACCAUGUUCCAGGACAGUCACAAGCCUGAAAGUCAAGAUGUCCCACCCAGCCUGGCUGAGUCCCGUCUCACACCUGAAAGCAAAGCUUGCUGGUCACAGUCUAAAAACAAGUCAGACACCACGGCUGCCUCGGGCGUGCGUUCGCCAUCUGUGACACCUCAGAAGAAGGAAGGGGGCGGCGCUCGAGCCACAUCUGAACCUAAGAAAUGGAGACCUCCGGACAAGAAGGUGGACACUUGGAAAUAUACUGCUGAACCUAGUAGUGUGAACCAGAGAGAACCAGAGAAGUCCUCACCUUUAGAGCAGGAGGAACCUGCACACGACACACGUACAGAUGACACAGAUCUGGAAGACGAACCCUGGGUUAAAUUCUUUUCAGAACUGGAAUUUGGACGCCCGCCUCCUAAAAAACAUUUGGAUUACAGCUCAGAAAAUCCUCCCCAGGGCCUCUCAGAGAAUUCCCGCUAUCAAUCCCCAGUAAACAGGAUUCCAGACAGGCCAUCCAGUUCUCUCCAAGCCUACACUGCAAGCUCAGCUGGUCACUUCUGGCAACGGCGAAAUUCAGAGCCUAUCAUCGGUCCGCAGCGGUUGCUGGAUGAGCAGAGUUCUUGGAGGCCCACGGAUCCUCUUGAAAACGGCAGCGUGCUGAGGAAGCCAUCAGCUGAGCCCUUGACCCCCUCGCUGUCCAGAAUGAAGGAGAAGGACACCUUCAGGACACCUACAGUGGGACAGAGCAGGGGGCGAACGGCUGAAAAAGAUCAGAGAAAGCCUGCCAGAGCACUGUAUGACUUCAAAGCACAAACAGCUAAGGAGCUGGCGUUUAAGAAGGGGGACGUUCUGUACAUCAGCAGAAAAAUUGACAGCAACUGGUACGAGGGAGAGCACCAUGGACAGCUGGGAAUCUUCCCUGUAUCCUAUGUGGAGAUAGUCCUGGUGAGAGAGAAAAAUCAGUCUGCUAGGGCCCCCAGUCUAGCUGAAGUACCAGACCUGGGGGAGGCGGUGGCUCGCUAUAACUUCACUGCUGAGACCAAUGUGGAGCUGCCAUUGAGAAAGGGGGAGAGGGUUAUCCUGCUGAGGUGUGUGGAUCAGAACUGGUUUGAAGGAAAGAUUGCAGAGACAGACAGGAAGGGCAUCUUUCCUGUGUCUUAUGUCAAUGUCAUCAAGAAGCCCCCCACCAAAAGGCCGGGACAGUAUGCAGAGCCCUCCUUAAUCCAGAGCUGCCCCAGUGAAGGGACAUCCACUCUGCGGUCCAUCAAGGAAAGGAGAGAGUUCCUGGAAAAGUCCGGUACCCGCCCUCGCCUGAACACCCCAUCCCCUACCUCGAGGCACAGGUCCUUGCAGUCAUCUAGCCCAACUAUCACUAACAGCAGCAACUGGAUGUCGCUCACCCCUGGCCUUUCCCCUUCCAGCACACCGGCACCCACCCCUCCCCCUUUCCCCACAAACUUUCUGCCAAAUGCAACCCUUGAUUCCCUUGAAAGCCUAACACCAUCAAACGAUCUUCCUGCUCUUAGGGAAGGUCACUUCAUCCCCAUCAAGUCAGCAAAGGCCUUCCGCUGCUCUCCUGAGCUUCAGUCUUCUCCGAUCCAGGCCAUGUCCUCCUACGCAUCUUCCCCAGCCUCUCCCAUGUUCGACUGCGACUACAAAUAUAGCAGUGGAGAUGUGUCCUUGCGCAAAUCUGUGGAAAACCUGCCCAGCGCCUUCCCAGAAGGAACCGAGAUGAUUUCUACAGAACCAUCUACUAUGUUCAGCCCGAGCAUUUCAAGUGAUCUGGUGGCCAGUGCAUUAACUGAGGUGCUGCCUUUCUAUAAAGCCAUAGAGGAAGAUGUUUGCGAAGAGCUCGUGUCAUUCAUCCAAGAGGCCCAGUCAAGGAAGGAAUUUACAGAAAAAAACAAGUUCCACACGCAGGCAUCAGAUAUAACAGAGGAGCUCCCCAAAUUAUAUAUCGAGGAGGAUCCAUGUGAGAACACUGGAAACACCAAACUCGUUGACAGCAAAGGUUCAAAACAAGAGCAGGUGAACGCCUCCUUGAGUAGCCCAGUGGACCUUCCUGCCUUCCUACAUCCCACUGAGGCCAAAAUGUCACCCUCCUCUCCCUGUUCUACUCCUCCACUACCGGGCACCUCACAUCUCUGCCCCAUUCCAAACAAAUACCCCCCCCGCCCAGAGUGUAGGUCCCCAAAAACAAAGCCUGCCUUAAAGCGAGAUGUCAUUGUGAUUGGUAAACCUCCUCGCAGUCCUUUAAUGUCUAGAAGGUUCUGUGGGUCACCUAUUAGAGGUUCAUCAUCUCAUAGGCCACAGCGGGCUGCCUUCGGGCCUGAUUCACUGCAGAGUGGAGGGGAACCGUUUCAAGCGCUGUAUAACUACACGCCUCACAACGAAGACGAGCUGGAGCUCACGGAAGGAGAUGUUGUAGAUGUCAUGGAAAAAUGUGAUGAUGGCUGGUUUGUAGGCAUCUCCAGGAGGAGCAAGCUCUUUGGAACCUUCCCAGGAAAUUAUGUCAAGCGGCUUUAAAGUUAAUCAUAUAUGGAUAUUAAAUGAAUUCAUGUUUUAAUGGCUUGGCCAUGUUUUGGAUUACAUUAUUUGUACAGGAUUAAAGAGCAAAAACAUAUUUUUGUUUUAAAUGAAAGUUUACUUUUAUGCAGACAGCCUUUUCAUAAAAAACGAUUCCAGUGAUAGGCUUGUUUUCAUUUUAGCAUGUCUCACAUGCAUGCUUGUUAGUGCUCUAAUAUGUUAUUUGGGAAAUAUUUUGUCUAAUUUAAUUGCAGUAUCUCAGUGUGCAGUGGAUUCAAAGCAUGAAUUGAAAAUUUUGUUACAGUAUGACAUGAUUAUUUUUAAUGCGUAAUAAAUUAUCUAUGUUCGUUUAAAUAUUGCUUUUUCGGAUAACUCUUUAACUGAAUUUGUGAAUGCAGAGCAGGAAUUUUCAGGCUAUCUGCUACAUAAAGAGAAGGUUGCUUUUCCUUAAGUUGAUAGAUUUAGAAGGAUGAAUCUGAGGUCAGUUAUAUGCCAAGCUCUCCUAUGACAUCUCCUCUGCUUUUCUGUCCGUGGCGAUCAUCUUCCCGUAUUGAUUGGGUGCCAGUGUAGUUAAAAGCAACCAUUAAUUAGACAUGCCACCGUAGUCUGCAGGCCAACAGGGUCAUCAGACUGUCCUAGACAGUAAAGUAGCCAUCAGGAGAACAGCCCCACCUGCUGGUCUGGAAUUGCCACGACAGCCUGAAGUAGAAGCAUAACUUCAGUGUCUUGGUGGGUCUCCAGUUUAAAGCAAAUGAGGUGACUGCCAGGCAUAAAAUAUCGAGAGCAUGAUUUUUUGUUGUUUUUUCUCCUUAUUAGACUUCACAACACAAGAGGAUUUCAAGCAUUCUUAAUGGACUGCAUGGUGAUAUGUGUAAGAUGUAACAAAUGCAUUAGAAAAUACUAUAAUAAAAUGUUACACACUGCGAAUAUAAAAGUUUUUGUGAAAUGCAGCAUGUGUCAUAGAAUCACCAUGGUAGACCACUUUGAUCCACCAGGAGUAUGAGCAGUCAGUAAUUAAAUGGUCAAGGUCAACCAUGUGAACUACUUUCACUUUAUUGCUUAAGCUGGUACAAAAUAUUAUUUUAUAUCACUAACCUGUAUGUUAAAUUCCUGAUGGGAAUGGGCUGGGAACUUGAAAGAUUUUAGUAAACAUCUUAUUUUUGUAUUUGACUGUCGGGUUUAAUUAAGACUGAUAUUUAAUAUUUUAUAUGCUAGGUUCCAAUGGUUUGUUUUACAUGUGUAUAACUGUCAGAUUAAUAAUAUAGCUAUGAGGAAACAGGCAUCCAUCUUAAUUACGCACAACAUUUCAGCUUUUAAAUUUCCUUUAAAAUGUCAUUUGGAUUUGUUUUAUGCUGCUGGAUGGAGGUUCUCAUUGGGUGAACUGGCUCACUGAAACCUAUAGUUAGGAAAUAAUGCUUAGUAUUAUGUGUGACUUUGUCUUAUAUAUAAUAUUUGAGAGUAUAAAUUCCAUUGAUUUAUGUCUCCUUUGCGUCAUCUUUGUUUCCAGGGCAGAAAAAGUACAGAAUUUUUUUUGUGAAAAAUAAUCAUGAACAUUUCAUAAGCACUCAUGAACUGUUUCCACCUGAGGAUAAAGAAACUGGUCAGUGACAUCACUGUCAUCUAACAAAUAAACACAUCUUUAUUUUAUUUCAGUAUGAGGGUUUAAGAUGUUUUAUUGUUAUGUGUAUAUAGUGCAAUGAAAUUCUUAUUUGCAUGUUUCCUGCAGACCAUGCGGCUAGAUAAUAAAGAAAAGAAACAGAA